CCCGUAGUCUCUUUGGAAACUUGUGCCGGGGGAGAGACCUAGGAAAGGGCUGCAAAGCGGUGUGGGCUUUUUCCUUUUUUUUUUUUUUUUUCUCUUUUUAAUUCCCCCCUCCUCCAUUUGCACCCUUCUCCGGACUUCACGCAGAACCUGCGAAUUUCGAAGAGGUGGUGGCAGAGUGGGAUAAAAUAGGUGUUAGGGCUUGGUUUUUUUGUUUUAUUUUGUUUGAACUUCUUGAUUUCAACAUUUUCUCCCACCCUCUUGUCUACCGCCAACGCCUCUUACCUGUUCCGCGGCAGCCGCGCGCCGCUGGCAGCUGAAGGAUAGAAAGAACGGGGUGUAUUUUAGAUUAGAAACCAAUUUUUGAAGACAAAUCUGUUUUUCUUUUCCCCCCACCUCAGUCUCCACAGCCUCCGAGUUUAUUAUUUCGGCGGUUGCUUUGGGGUGAGCAAUUUUGUGGCUUUUUUCCCCCUACAAUUCUGAACAGAUUGGGCUUGGGGCUUUUCCGGCCUGCGCUCAUUCCGCGUGCACCUGGCGCGGCUCCCCCCGGCCCCAACCUGUUGCAAGUCUUGCAAUCGGGACUUGCUUGCAGGCACCCCAGUGCUCCAUCUCUCCCUGCAUUUUGCAAGUGUCUAAGGGAAGGCACCUGCCUCACCUGCCAGAUUUAAAAAAGAAAAAGAAAAAAAAUCUCUCCGGGAGUCUUCUCGGCCCCUUUCUCCCUGCACUCUUGGUCUCCUGCCCCGCCCCAAGGUAAAGGGGGAGACGCAGAGAAGAUGGUGCUCACCGCGGUCCUCCUGCUGCUGGCUGCCUGCGCAGGGCCGGCCCAGGGGCUGGGCUCGUUCGUGCAGUGCGAGCCCUGCGACGAGAAAGCCCUCUCCAUGUGUCCCCCCAGCCCCCUGGGCUGCGAGCUGGUCAAGGAACCCGGCUGCGGCUGCUGCAUGACGUGCGCCCUGGCGGAGGGGCAGUCGUGCGGCGUCUACACUGAGCGCUGCGCUCAGGGGCUGCGCUGCCUCCCAAGGCAGGACGAGGAGAAGCCGCUACACGCCCUGCUGCACGGCCGCGGGGUGUGCCUCAACGAAAAGAGCUACCGCGAGCAAGCCAAGAUCGAGAGAGAUUCUCGCGAGCAUGAGGAACCAACCACCUCUGAGAUGGCCGAGGAGACCUACUCCCCCAAGAUCUUCCGGCCCAAGCACACCCGCAUCUCUGAGCUGAAGGCCGAGGCAGUGAAGAAGGACCGCAGAAAGAAGCUGACCCAGUCCAAAUUUGUAGGGGGUGCUGAGAACACCGCACACCCCCGGGUGAUCUCUGCACCUGAGAUGAGACAGGAAUCCGAGCAGGGCCCCUGCCGCAGACACAUGGAGGCCUCCCUGCAGGAGCUCAAAGCCAGCCCACGGAUGGUGCCUCGUGCUGUGUACCUGCCCAACUGUGACCGCAAAGGAUUCUACAAGAGAAAGCAGUGCAAGCCUUCCCGUGGCCGCAAACGUGGCCUCUGCUGGUGCGUGGACAAAUACGGCAUGAAGCUACCAGGCAUGGAGUACGUCGAUGGGGACUUUCAGUGCCACGCCUUCGACAGCAGCAACGUUGAGUGAUGCGUCCCCUCCCCACCUUUCCCUCGCCCCCUCCCAUCCCCAGCCCCAACUCCAGCCAGCACCUCCCUCCACCCCAGGACGCCACUCAUUUCAUCUCAUUUAAGGGAAAAACUAUACAUAUAUCUAUUUGAGGAAACUGAGGACCUCGGAAUCUCUAGCAAGGGCUCAACUUUGAAAAUGGCAACAACAGAGAAGCAAAAAGCUAAAGAGAUCCCCCUUUCAAAAUAGUUUUCUUUUUUGAGGCAAGUUGAAUGAAUAGAGAAGGGAGGAGAGGAAGAGCAGGAGGAAGCGAAGGGAAGGAAGUGUUUAUGUGGAAGAGAGGGAAAGAUGCAGAGUUAUGAAAAGGAGAAGAUGAACAUGGGUAGGAAGGAAAGGGCCCGGGGCCAGGGCUGGAUCCACCUUUCACAUCCAGCCCUACCUCGAGGUUGGGGAGGUUUGGGCACUAACAAGGUGUGGCCCGAGACGUGGCAUUUGACAUCACCCUUGGGGUUUUUCCAGUUUGGAUUGGUCGGGGGAGAAAGGAAAAGAAGAAAACAUGCCAGAGCCUCUCCCAAUCUGUCUCCUCCUCCAGCCAGCGAUGAGGAGGGCUCUGCCCUAUCUUCCUCUCCUCUUAUUCCCUCAGGGUGUUUUCUGUCCCCCCAAAUUUAUAAAAGCUAAAUGCAUUCCACUCCUCUGACAACAAAACAAAUUCCUAAUGGAUCGAUAGGUUUUCCUAAGCAGAUACACACCUCUUAAAUAUAUGUGUGUUAUUUCACUCCAGCAGACUUCUAGAUAUCCAUAUAUACCCAAUGUUGGAAAGAUUUGUUCUUUCGGGGUGACUAAAACAUGCAUUCGAGGUUAGCCCCUAAUUUCAUUCAAUUUGCAGAUAGAACAGCAACCUCUGUGGAGGAGGAUAGGCUAAAAAAAAAUCAUGGGCUUGUAUUGAACUACAAGGCCCCAUAUAGUUAUAUAUAGGCAUAUAAAUCUAUUUUCUUUCUUCCUUUCUUUCUUUCAAAGGGUUGCAUUAACUUUUUGAAGUAGUUUCUAUGGGUGCAUUGAGAAGCUUCCUCAUUCUGGGAAAACUAAGAAAACCCAUAUUCUUCUAAUACAACCCAUAAUAGCAGUUUUGCCUGCCCCUAGUCAGGGGUUUCUCAUGAGCAGCAAACUCAACUCUUCAUGGGGUGUAGGAAUGGGUUUUUUAUGAUUGCCAUGUGUCCUUAUGUAGUCACCAAACCCGGGAGAUGCAGGCACUCCACAGUGCUCGCACCACACUCCUCAGUACAUACCACAUUAGUCUCCCGACCUUCGGGAAGUAAUGGUCUCUGGACUCCACACCAAACAAGCCCCGGAGGUCCAAGCUGGACCCACCGGUCCUGCUUCAACCUCUUCAUUUCCUCUGGACAGAAACUGCAUUUGAAAAACCUCUCUCAGUCUCCACACUGGCAGGACAGGAGAGAGACUGAAAUGAGAGAUGGCAAAGAGGGUGACGGGAUGCAAAGUUUUCUGUACAGGGAAACAGUAAAAGUGGUUGUUCCGGCCAGAGUAGGAGUGGAGGGACAGAGGGCUGGAGGAGCAAGGGGAUAACCCAUCCUUUCUAGCUUUGAGCAAAGCAGCAGAAAGAGGGUGGUGGGGAGUUGCUGGAACUUUUCUUGGCUUCUUUAUUCUAUAAGCCCUCUGGGAUUCAAGAAGAAGGAGAAAGGAAAAUGGGGCACAGGUUGCAAGAUAAACGUGAGCUUAAUCCAGUCAUGCAGCCAGGAAAGGGGGUAACUUUAGGUGGGUUCUAGGCUUUAGAAGCUGGACGGGAAGGGUCAGUACAGACUGACUGUGCUUUUGAAGGAACAAGAUUAUCCAUGCAGAUGCCCACCUUCAGCUCAUAACAAGGGACUGAGGCCAAAGAGACUUUCAAGCUCUUCAUCCUCUCUGGCCAGUCCACACAUCCUCCCUGGGGUGGGAGCUAGAAGAAAGGCCCAUGACAACCAGGGAGGUGACUGGGCUACUGUUUAGUGCCCAGAUUCUGAACCAGGAGAAGUCCUAUUCUCCACUGACUUCCUCACUUCCUCAACAAAUGGGUGGCCUUGAGACUGUCCAAUAUGGCUGAAGAUGGUCUGCCAGGAAGGGGGCUUGGACACUGGCAACAGAGACCCUUUCUCCCUGUGAACACAGCUCUACCCACUCUUUAAAAUGGCAUUUUACAGUGGAGACACCUCCAAUACCGACUUGGGGCACUGAAGAUGGACAGCAAAGAAGCGAAUACAUUUCAUCUAGCAAUGGAACUUGGGGAACAUCUCCCCGAACACAACAAUUGGCUGGGGAUGGGAGAGGAAGUCAAUCAUGAGACAAAGGGCCGAUGAGGAUGGCAACCCUAAGGACCUCCUUGAUCUGCCGUGUCAGCACACCCCAUCUGUCUGCACAGCUGUUCCCAAAUGCGACUCACAUUUCUUUAUGACAUAGGCCAGUAUCCCCACCCUUCUCCACAUCACUCUUUCAGCCCAUUCUUUCUUUGGAGCUUGUGCAGUCUUCUACCUGAGAUCUGCCAAGUGGAUACUGGGGUGUCAUUCCCCCUAAGAAAAGACUGAGCCAGGAACUGCAUACUCCCACCACUCCUUCCAGGCCCGGACCUGAUUACCAAGAGGGGCAUUCCCUUUACCCUUCCAUUUGCUGAACUUUGAGUGGGCUUCUGCCUCUGACAUGGCUCUUUGCUGCCAUAAGGUGGGGGUUGUGGCCUGGCUUAACUGUGCCAGACUCUUCAGGCUCCCAAAGUUCAUGUCCACUAACCCCAACCUGGGAGUCCACUAUUUGCAGGGGGUGCUUCUGGGCAGCUGGCCACUCCCUAAGGAAGCUGGACCUUCAUGGACGGAUGGCAUUAAAUCUCCCAAAUGGAAGGUCUGGAUGAGGAGGCCAUUGGAAGGGAGUCACUGGAGAAAGAUGGGACCUCUUCCCCCUGGGAGUGGGAAAAGAAGGCAGGUUUGGAAUGGCGUGAGCAUUUCAAGUCCUGAGUAGGGACCUCCUUGGCUCCAGGCUGGCCUUGGUCAACUCUGCUCACCCAGAGGCCUUCAACUCCUGGUUUUCAGUGGCCCCAGGUCUAAGUGCUACCCACCCACCCCUAGUCCUGCAGAAGGUCUCUUCCCAUCCCUUUGACUCACACCUCGCUCCAGCAGUGGAGAAGAUGCUGCUGUCUUCCUCCACCACUGCCAGGAACUUGCGGGAGGCCUUGCCAGGACUGAUCCUCAUGCCCUCAGCCUGCCUUGCCCUGCCUGGGCACAGCAGGAAACCUGGCAAGAAGGAAACUCAAAGGUUCCUCUGACUGCCAGGCCUGAACAGACAGGCCUGGAAACAUUUGCCCCACACAGGGGAAGGCGAGCACAGAGGCCCAGAGAGGCUCUACAGGGGCACCUCCCCUGUCUUCCCCUCACCCACUCUGGUCUCCAUGGCAACCCCACAGGUUACCCUCUUGAGGGGGAGGUGGACCUCAUACAUGUUCUCUCACUACAUAGCUAGUUAGUGGUGACAGGGCUGCCAUGGCAACCGCCAAGCCCCCUUCAAGAUGGGGCAAUACCCCCUCUCCAAGCAUCUACUCAGACCCCUAGAGGACUCCAGUUCAGGAUGGGAACUUCAGAAAAGAGUGGGCCAAAGAGCAAAAACCCUCUAGACUUGGAGAGGAAUUUCUUGGCUUCCAGGAGGAAGGAGGCCAAGUUUUGAAAAGCUAUGGGACAAGGGAAUGGGGAUUUUUACCCACCAGCAAUCUGGGUGUUGUACUGUCUUUAUUUUUAAAACCACUAAAGUGCAAGGAUUGUUUUGCACUGUUUCUCCACUUUUGUUUUUUUUUUUUUUUUUGCUUUCAGGUUUUUGUCUCUUUUUUAAAACAUGCUUUCUUGGUUUUCUAACAGAGUAUAUAGUUUAACCAUUUCAUGGACUCUGGCCUCUUCUCCUUAAUAAAUCCUCUUGGAUGGGGAAAGGAUGGUGGGGAGUAUCCGAGGAGAAGGGUCCCCACCCACCCUACGCCCACUCACCCCACUUCUCUGGUUCCCUGGUCACCAGCCUGAGCCCCAUCACCACCGCCACUGCCACAAGUAGCCCACACAGAUAGCACACCGGUCAGACAAGAUUCCUCCAGAUUCCGAGUUGCCUACCGCCUGUUUGGUCUAAGACAGCAAUAACCACAGCACGUAUUACUGUAGUUCUUGAUAGUUUUACAUACAUACAUACCAUAGCUCUGUUCUCGCUCCUCUUUUUGGUUUCAACUUUUUUUUUUUAAAGUAAAUGCUCAUAAUCUUUACUGGUGAAAAGGAUGGAAAAGCAAACCAGCAAACAAAAUCAGUUUGUGAAGAAAAAAAAACAGGAAAAAAAUCACCUGAAUGCGGAAGAGCUCAGCUCCUGUUUUAGUGUUUUGUACUUAAGGAAAUAAAAAAGAAAAGGAAAAAAAAAAACAAAACAGAGGAUCUCACGUUUUAUUAAAAAGUGAAGAUUGCUGUAUACUAUUUAUUCAACUUAUAAUUUAUGUUACUCCUUGAUCUUUGUCUUUUGUUCAUGACAAAGCAUUUAUUUAAUAAAGUUAUGCACUCAGUUUA